GCAAGCACAGGCGCCGCCAGCAGCAGGGCGCGGCGCGUUCGCCCACCGACGAGGUGCGCCACAUCCGCGAGCAGGCCAUCCGCCGCUUCAAGGCCAAGGAGCAGGCGCUGCAGCGCCACCAGGAGCAGGCGGCCCGCGAGCGGCGCCGUGCCGAGGCCGAGGCUGAGGCGGCCGCCGCCAAGAGGCGUAAGAUGGACCCGAAGCGGGCGCCGUCGGCCGGGUCAUCCUCGUCGGCGGCGGCGCCGGCCCGGGUCAGGCCGACCACGGCCGCGGCCGACACCAGCUCCGAGGGCGUCAAGAAGAUCAAGGACAAGUUCCUGGUGCACAUGUCGGCGGUCGUGGUCUCCGUGCUGAACAACUACCUCAAGCCGACCUGCAAGCAGGGCCGCAUCACGUCCACCGACGACUUCAAGCACCUGGCGAAGAAGCUGACGCACCACGUGCUGCUGAAGGAGCUUCGCAACGUGAAGAAGGUGGAGGAGCUGCUGCCGAGCGAGCCGGUGAAGCACAAGGCGCGCUACUACGUGCGCAAGUACAUGAGCCGCUACGGCGAGGUGUACGGCCAGGAGCCGCUGCCGGACGAGGCGGAGUUUGGCGGCGCUCGGACCGCCGGCUCGGCCGAGCCGCCCGCCGAAGACGCCGCCUGAGGGGA